UAAUCUUCUUGACAGAGUUAACGGCUAAUGCUGCUGCAAUGUCGAUGUCUCGAGACACGUCGAAUUCCAAUGAAGUUCCUAUGCAGCAAAGCUUGUUGUUCUCUGAAAGUCUCAAGGACUUGAAAAAUCUGAGAACGCAGCUCUACUCAGCAGCUGAAUAUUUUGAGGUUACCUACACCAAUGAUGAUCAAAAGCAAAUGGUGGUCCAAACAUUGAAAGAUUAUACCAUCAAAGCUCUUGUGAACACAAUAGAUCAUUUGGGAUCAAUGACAAUCAAGGUUAACGACCUUCUGCACGAAAAAGUCAAAGCGACUUCUGGAACAGAGCUCCGGGUAUCUUGCAUCGAACAGAGACUACGGACAUGCCGAGACUAUAUCGACCGUGAAGGGAUUUGCCAACAGUCACUAGUCGUUCAUACGCCCAAGUACCAUAAACGGUACAUCUUGCCAGUCGGAGAGACGAUCAACGGUGUUAACCGAACGAAGUCGAAAUUAGUAGGAUGUGGCCUGGACGAUGAAGAUGACUGGCAUCAGUUAAGGAAUGCUGUCCGCUCUACGAUCCGACAAUCCCCAACAUCUUCAGUCACGGAAACCCCAAUGUUGGUCGGAAAAGGGCAUUCCCCGUCACCUUCUCCACGGCCUCCGCAACAAUCCCCCGUCUUUUCUUUUACGAACACCAUGCCAAAGAAAGAACAAGAGAAGCAAACAGAACUGCCACAUCGGUUUCCGCUUUUACGGUCUGUUUCCGUUAGCAGGCCCAACACCCCAAAUAAGAGCCGAUCGACUACUCCGAUUUCAGCCAGCGCAAUGCAGCGGUAUCCAUCAGAGCCUCGAAAAUCAGCUUCAAUGCGUCUUCAAUCGGAGAAAGAUAUCCACAGAGACAUCGAUCAGUCUCCGGGCAAAAGUAAGAGGCUUCUCAAAGCAUUGCUUAGUCGUCGGAAAUCAAAGAAAGAUGAGAUGCUAUAUACUUAUUUGGAUGAAUAUUGAGAAAAGAGAACUUCAAGGAUGAAGCUAUACAUUUAUAACUAUCUUUAAUAUAUUUUUAUUAUAUAUAUUUGGUUUAAUUUUUUCGAGUUGG